AUGACUAACGUAACUUAUCCAAACCCAUCCAGUUAUCAACAACAACAACAACCACCACAACAAGUUCAACAAAUUCCACAACACACCGUUUUAACACCACAAUAUUAUACCGUCAAUACACCUUUAAUUGAAAGACCACAUAAUAAAGGUGACAAACACGCAUCAGAUCGUGCUUACUCUGUCACAUUCUUUGUUUUAGGUUUCUUCUUUUUCUUCCCAUUCUUUUUCAAUUUUGCCUACUUAAAGUCACCACAUUGCUAUGCCCGUAAAAUCUCAUUGGCAUCAUUAAUUGUUGGUACUCUUUAUUUAUGUGCUGCUGUUUCCGUCACCUCAUCUUUUUAUUUCGGUAUGAGAUGUUGGAAUGGUUAUUACUAUGAUUUCUGUUAA